AAUUCGGUGUUCGCGAGCGCGAGAAUCGACUGGAAGGAGACGCCGGAGGCGCACGUGUUCAAGGCCGAUCUGCCGGGGCUGAAGAAGGAAGAAGUGAAGAUCGAGAUCGAGGACGACAGAGUGCUCCAGAUCAGCGGAGAGAGGAACGCCGAGAAGGAGGAGAAGAACGACACGUGGCACCGCGUGGAGAGGAGCAGCGGCAAGUUCCUGCGGCGGUUCCGACUGCCGGAGAACGCGAAGAUGGAGGAGGUUAGGGCUUCCAUGGAGAAUGGGGUCCUCACUGUGACUGUUCCCAAAGUGGAGGUUAAGAAGCCUGAUGUUAAGUCCAUUGAAAUCUCUGGUUGAUUUUGGGGAAAUUUCCUUUGGUUGUUUCUUUGAAAUGUGCACGUGUGUGAAUAAGAUGUUGAUCAUGUAAUGUGACCGUGUGCGUAUGACAAUCUAAUUUGGCUGCAGUGUUUGUGUAUAUUUGUGCUAAUUAAUGUGGUCAGUUUUCUUUUAA